GACGGGCUGGGGCGCGGAGCCCGAUUGGCUGAGGGCUGGGGCGACAGAUCCGGAAGGGAAGAGCAGCCAACAUGGCGGCGGAGCACGGCGCGGGCCAGCAACAGUCGCAGGAGAUGAUGGAGGUUGACAGGCGGGUGGAGUCCGAGGAGUCUGGAGACGAAGGGGGGACGCAGCCGAACCGCGGGAUUGUGUCCGAGCUCAGCCAGCAGAGCCUGCACGACAGGGAGGAGCAGGAGCAGAGGGAGGAGGACCCAGAAGAAGGACAGGCGCUGCCUGUGGACAUGGAAACCAUUAGCCUGGACAAAGACGCUGAGGAUGUGGAUCUCAAUCACUACCGCAUCGGGAGGAUCGAGGGGUUCGAGGUGCUGAAGAAGGUGAAGACGCUUUGCCUUCGUCAAAACCUGAUCAAGUGCAUCGAGAACCUGGAGGGGCUGCGCGGCCUGCGGGAGCUGGACCUGUAUGACAACCAGAUCAAGAAGAUCGAGAACUUGGAGGCGCUGACGGAGCUGGAGGUCCUGGACGUGUCCUUCAACCUGCUGCGGAGCAUCGAGGGGGUCGAGCAGCUGACGCAGCUGAAGAAGCUCUUCCUGGUCAACAACAAGAUCAGCAAGAUUGAGAACCUGAGCAGCCUGCGGCAGCUGCAAAUGCUGGAGCUGGGCUCCAACCGCAUCCGGGCCAUCGAGAACAUCGACGCGCUCACUGGCCUGGAGAGCCUGUUCCUGGGGAAGAACAAGAUCACGAAGCUGCAGAACCUGGACGCGCUGUCCUGCCUGACCGUGCUCAGCGUGCAGAGCAACCGGCUGACCAAGAUCGAGGGGCUGCAGGGUCUGGUGAACCUGCGGGAGCUCUACCUCAGCCACAACGGCAUCGAGGUCAUCGAGGGCCUGGACAGCAACAACAAACUCACGAUGCUGGACAUCGCGUCCAACAGGAUCAAAAAGAUUGAAAACGUCAGCCACCUGACGGAGCUGCAGGAGUUCUGGAUGAAUGACAACCUCCUGGACAGCUGGAGCGACCUGGACGAGCUGAAGGGUGCCAAGGGCCUAGAGACCGUCUACCUGGAGCGCAACCCGCUGCAGCGCGACCCCCAGUACCGGCGCAAGGUCAUGCUGGCACUGCCCUCCGUGCGGCAGAUCGACGCCACCUUCGUCCGGUUCUGAGCCCGGCCAGGCUCCCGCUCGCCAGAGCUUCGCUGCCUGCUCCCGAAAUCGUCUCUGGCGGCAGCCGCACCCAAUGCAAUAAAGGCUCGCGGGCCCGGGGCUCGCCCCUGGGGACCGCCUGUUCCGUCCAGGCCCCGCCCCCGGGCUGGGGUCCCGCGGACCGGCCUCCCUGCAGGCCUCCAGCCCAUGGCCGCAGGACAUCGCCCCCAGCCCAGCGCAGGAGCCCAGGGCGGCGCCUGCUCUUACAAACAUUUAAGAAAUUGUCUAAGACGGCGCAGGCAGGGGGCGCGCCGGUCAGCACAGCCCGCCGAGCCCCUGCCUGGCUUUUUGAGAUGCUCAUUAAAGUCUAAGAUUUACGUGG